AUGUCCAAUCAACCCGGCUCCGGCCUCCCAUUGAAAAUCACCAUCAUCGGCGCUGGCAUAGCCGGCCUCUCAACCGCAAUCGCCCUCUCCGACAUCAAUCCUAACCACCAGAUCACCAUCCUCGAAGCCAACCCCGCGCUCAGCGAGUAUGGCGCUGGACUUCAACUGUUCGCCAAUAGUACCCGCCUCCUACACAAAUGGGGGCUCACCCAGUCCAUGGAGAAGGUCGCCUGCUCCGCCACCCAUAUGUCCAUCCGUCGUUGGAAAGAUAAUAUUGAACUGGUGCGCAAUAUGAAUAAUCCGACCAGUCAAUGGCUAUACGGUUGGCCUCAAUGGCAAAUAUAUCGCCCCGAUCUACAGCGAGUGCUCUUUGAGCGGGCUCAACAGAUGCCCAAUGUGUCUGUGCUCUUUGGCAAAUUGGUUAAAUCGAUAGACCACGAGACCGGAGCUGUGCAUACUGACACAGUCAAUGGAGAUGUAUUUAAGGGGGAUCUCACAAUCGCGGCAGAUGGGAUCUGGUCUAAGUCGAGACGUUGCCUACCUAUGACAAAGGAUGUGACCCCUACCCCGUCUAAGGAACAUGCCUACCGUGCGAUGAUCCCACGGGAGCGUAUGCUGUCUCACCCGCUGACUGCGCCACUGAUUUCUUCGUCGGAGGCUAUAUCGUGGGUAGGCCCUGGUGUAUUUGUCCUAGGAUAUACUGUUGCUUCGGGCGAGUUCUAUAAUCUUGCGAUUAUUAGGAUGCGAAAACUUACCUCCGACUGGUGCGAGGAAGCGCAGGCAUUGAUGCAUCACGUCCGAAAGGAGGAGUGUGUUGCGUGGACGCUUGGGGAAGUUGCUUCUAUCCCUCAAUACAUGAGCCCAUCUGGACGAGUCGUGUUAGUGGGAGAUGCGGCACAUGCUAUGCUUCCUCAUGCUGCACAAGGGGCUGGAAUGGCGAUGGAAGAUUCUGCAAGUCUGGCGGAGUUUGUGGACUCUUUACGAUCGAGAGAGGAUCUAUCGAAGGAUCUGCCGAAUAUACUAAGUGCGUGGAGUCAGUUUCGACAGGCCCGUGUGGAGCAUCUACGCAGUAUGAGCCAUGGUAAUGCCAGUGAUAUGACUCUGCCAGAUGGCGAAGAGCAGAUUAUGCGGGAUGAGAAAUGGAAUGCGAUUCUUGAUGUACAGCGGGCGCAGGCGGAGGCAGCUGAGCUUGGACUGGAGAAGAUCAAGGAGAAAGUCAUCAGGGAGAGUCCGAUGCCGGACCCGAAUUCUAAAAGCACGGUUGACCCAGCUGGUAGAAUGUGGAUUAGUGGAUAUGAUGUUUGUCAGGAGAGUCGGAAGUUCUGUCGCGAUCAUCUGGAACUUUUUGAAACAGAAACAGCUAGACUAUGA